AUGAACUCCAACGUCCCUCCUCAGCCUGGUUAUGCCCCUUCCCAGCCCGUAUUUCCCAUCAAUGUCCAGCCGUGGACAACCGGCCUUUGCGACUGUUUUGAAGAGCCAACCAAUUGCAUUAUUACGUGCUGCUUGCCUUGCAUCACCUUCGGGCGGAAUGCAGAGAUAAUCGACCGCGGAAGCACGUCAUGUGCCUCCAAUGCCUUUAUCUAUUGUGUGAUCGGGUGUACCGGCUGCAGUUGCUUCUACUCCUAUCCAUACAGGACAAGACUCAGAGGCCAAUUCCAGCUUGCAGAGGCACCUAUAGGAGAUUGCCUCCUCCAUUGCUGUUGCACCAGUUGCGCGCUGUGCCAAGAACACCGAGAGCUGAAGAAUCGUGGCUUUGACCCCACUAUAGGUUGGCAAGGUAAACAAGGAAGAAGCAACUAUGGAGCCAAUGAGCCCCCGCCCGUCCAACCUGAUAUGAAAAAGUAG